UGGGGUUGGGGAGAUUUAGAAGGGAAUUCUGGGGGUUAUGGAGGUUAGAAGUGGUGGAUGGAUCUAGAGGCAUCUGGGAUAGUGUUGGCUGCUUGGUAUCAGGUGAUAUAAUUACUGGUUAUGUAGUAUUAAAAAUUAAGACUUCAUCAAACUAUCAUAUCGUGAGGCAUAUUUCUGAUGAAACCCAACUAGAUUGGCAAGGUGGUUAAGAGAUUUAGGCCUGUUUUUAACCACUUUGAGUUUUUUGUAUCGAUGAAAUUGAGUCUUGUUAAUAUCUAUUUUAAGAAUAUUGAAGCAAAUUUGGAUAAUGUCAGUGCUGUGUUUGGUAGGAGGCUUUUUGAAUACAUUGAGAGUAUUUUGUAAGCAUUUGAUGUGAAAUUAGACUAGGCUUGACAGAUUUGAAGAGUGUUAUGAUCUAUUAGAGAAAGAGAAAGUUUUAGCGAUGAAAUUCUUGAUAGUAGUUUUUACGAUUCAUUGGCUUAUUUAUAUUUGGCGUUAAAUAAGAGAUAUGGUUUUAUGAAAAUUACCUGUUUAUUUUGCAAAAAUCUGUGUCUCUAAGGGUAAAGCCAGACAUUUUGGAAGGAAUGAGUUUUAGCGGUGAAAUGUUACAUUUUCAUCUAUUUUAAGGUAAACCAGAAAUUAGGUUUAAAACUAACCAUUAGAAGCUCUUUCAAAGACAUAUAAAAUUGGUGAGUCUCAAAUAAAGUCCCAAGAGCUUUAUAAUUAAUAAAAUAUUAUGGUAAAUGCUCUAUCUAAAGCUAAAUGAGUCUCUCAAUUCUGAAGAAUUAAAAUAUUGAUAAACAGUUAUUUCUUAUGCUUCCAAGAAUUUUAAUACCAAGAAAAUUAUUCCUAAAAUUAAGGUUGAAGGAGAAAUUCACUAAAGGAUUUAGAAUAGGACUGAGGCCUUUACAGCUGACGACUACAAUGCCAUCCAUGCAUAUGUCUUUUUACACCUUGCUAAUUACUGUUAUUGCUUAAUUCUGAUAGAUAUUUCAAGAUUCUUCAUCUAAUUCUCAAAAAUUUAUAACCAAAAAUCUUUUCUACUUAAAAUCUGAAAACUUCGCUAACUUUUUAUUGAUAUUUUAGCACAAAAUGUAUAUGAAGAAAGACCUAUACUCUUUUGGUUUACAGAUAUUUAGCUUCCAAUAUGAGUUUGUCUUAUUGUAGCAAGAGUUCCUACCAGAAAUGACUCAGAUUUUAUGAAAUAAAGAAGGUUAUUAAUAGGGAAAAAUAAAGACACUGCAAUAACAAAAAUCAGAAAUAAAGAUUUAAUAAUAAUUUAUUAAAUAUGGACUUUGAAAACCCAUUUGCUUAUGGAACUCUGAUACUCCAUCCAAUGUGGGACUACGAAAGUGUACUCAGAGAGCUAGAACAGACCAAGAAAUGCUGCCCAUUUGGUCAACACUUAGAUUUAAACAGUGAGCGUGUCUGCAGUUUACAUGGUUUACGCAUUCCAUCGACUUCGGAAUCUCAGGAAAGAGGCUUACACCAAAAAUCUAAUAAAUCAAUGAUAAUAAUCCAGGCUUCUCCUGGUAAACCUCAAAUGUGUCCCAAAAAGCAAGAGGGCAAUUCACAUCACCAAAAAGCCAAAGCAUUGACUGAGCAAAGUGAUGAAACUAAUGAAAAUCAAACGGAGACUGAAGAAAUCAAAUACAGAAGAAGACGUUCAAAGAGACUUAAUAUCAGAGCGAAACUUAUCAGGCUUCGUAGCCGUAUCCUCAAUAAUCGCGAAUCUUCUUUCAAUCAUUCAUUGAAAAAGACGAGGUAUACUAGCAAUGUUAACUUGAACAGACGCUCCAAAUUCAUUGGAGUUUCCAAAAAUAAUACCCAUUGGCAAUCACUUAUCACUGUGGAUAGGGUCAAGAAAUACAUUGGAAUUUUCAAUGAAGAGCUUGAAGCAGCCAAGACCUAUGACCUAUACGCAGUGGCAAUAAAGGGUAAAAGAGCAUGCUUAAAUUUUGACUAUACCUCCCAAGAAAUGCUAGAAUUGAUCAACUUCUACUUGAUGAACAACAGAGUGAACAUGGAGGCAUCUUAAGAUGAAUCAGUUUGAUAUGUUUAUGAUAUACUUAGAUUAACGU